GUAUUCCUUAUGGGAAACAAAGGAAUGGGCUGAAACAAAGGGAUGGGCUCUGGCUAGUCAUCUGCAGGAGGAACAAGUCCCUAAGGCACAGAUCGCUCGUGCUAUUGUUUGUGGCUUAGGAACACCUGAAGCGGUUUUCCAUCCUGGGUGGGCCAGGCGUUCCUUGCACUCAUUCCAGUAAACUGACAGCCUUCCAGGGCAUUGUGGCCACCAUGAACACAUCACAGUGCUGCAGAGAUUUUGUUUAUGGCCAGUUUUGGGGCCAGUUUAUGGCCAGAUUUGGGGGCCUGUUCCCAACACCUGGGUAUGUGCAGAUACACUGUCUAGUAUGAGAGUCACAGAGUGGGUGUCUUGUGUUCGCUUCUUGCCUAACAGCAGCAACCCUAUCACUGUCUCCUGUAGCUGGUACAAGCUGGUCAAGGUAUGGAAUCUGGCUAACUGCAAGCUGAAGACUAACCACAUUGGCCACACAGAUUAUCUGAACACUGUGACUGUCUCUCCGGAUGGAUCCCUCUGUGUAUCUGGAGGCAAGGAUGGCCAGGCCAUGCUAUGGGAUCUCAAUGAAGGCAAACACCUUUAUAUUGCUAGAUGGUGGGGGCAUUAUCAACACCCUAUGCUUCAGUACCAACUGCUACUGACUCUGUGUUAUCAUGGGCCCCAGCAUCAAGAUCUGGGACUUAUCAUCGUAGAUGAACUGAAGCAAGAAGUUAUCAGUACUGGCAGCAAGGCAGAACUGCCUCAGUGUACCUCCCUGGCCUGGUCUGUUGAUGGUCAUUUGUUUGCUGGCUACACAGACAACCUGGUGUGAGUGUGGCAGGUGACAUGGGCACCUGCUAGAAGUUUAUGACGGAGCUUUAGAAAUUAAAAAAUGAGCAAACUGGAAAAAAAAAAAAAAAAAGGAGGGGAGUCUCAGGCCUCAUGGUGAAGGAGAGUGUUUCCACUGGCUAUUUGUUUUUGUUGAGGUUCCUGAUUAAUCUCUCUUGCUGGUGGUGUCUGGCUUCCUUGGUAUUUGUCAGAGGGACACCUGUUCUAUUCUGGGAGGAAUUGGCCUACAUGGGCUGCCUUCUGCUGCUAGGCUGUGCCUGGGAAAAACCAGGUCUGGGUGGCUUUCUUCACUUGGGUGAGGUAGGCGUAAGACAUCCUGCCUCUGUGCUGUUCUUCUAGUUGUAGGGUUUCAAAGGAGUUUACCUUCUUCUUUCCAUCUUCCAGAGUUCUUUAGUUGUCCCUUGUAUUAUUUGUUUAUAUUUGUGCUUAUUGGGGAUUAACUGGGAAAAAUGGUCUGUGCUAUCUUGUCUGGACCACAAGCUGGGUUUUCCUUCUAAUUUCAGUUUCUGUGGCAUGUGAGUGUGGAGGUAAAUGAGUGGAGAGAUACUGGCUGGGGUUGAGUUUGGCUUUGUUGGAGGCCCUGAGAUUUACUCACUUUUUAAAGAGCUCCUUUAACAUCCUGUAUGCCUGGACUUAAAUUUCAUUCACCAGUUCGUCACAGAGCUCUGGAAAAUUGUAAGCCAGUGCUGUCCUCCCUAUGUUUUCUAAAGCCCUAUGCUGAUACAGAGGGACUUUUCUCUUUAGAUAUUUUUAGAUAUUUUCUUGACUUUCCCUAGUUUGGCCUAUUCAUUCUCUGCCUGCUUCUUUUCAUAUUGGAGUAUCCAGUGUGAAAUCUCAGGAUUUUGUUAACUUUUCUUUGCCAGAAUAUCUUUUGGACUGGUUGGGGUAGUACUGGACUCACUAAAACCAUGCUGUGAAACUUAUGGAGUAAGGUUGUACUUCUUUAUUUGUUGGUGAUAUGUUUAAAUUUUUGGUUUUUGUUUUUUCUUUUGAGACGGAAUCUCGCUCCGUCGCCCAGGCUAGA